AACCCAUGUAGAGUCUAUUUCCCUUUUAUCUGAAACGGCAGCAACUGAACGGAUGACUGGGUGGCUCCCUUUGUGUUUCAGUAAUCAGUAAGAUAGAGUGGCCGAUGUUUCUUUGAGUGAACCACCUCGUCGAAACUCCGGACGUUGGUCACGCCGGCGGCAGGUUUUCAUUUGGGUUAGUCUAAAAAUUACAACUGUGUUUUUUAAACUGUUUGAUGCUGGAAGAAUAUUAGGGACUACAAAAAUGGCAUUUGCAGGAGUAAGAUGCAUCCGAACUCAACCAUUGUUGUUUCAUCCUGCUGCUUUGUUUACCAGAAGGAAGAGAGUUUUGUAUUUCUCUGUGAAAGCCUCACAAGCCCAAACAGCAACUCAAGAGAAGCAAAGACCCACAGCAAUUUCACCACAUUUUGAUAAACAGAUUAUUGAUAAAAUUUCCAAGGAUUAUGAAGCAAUUAUUGGUAUUGAAACCCAUGUUCAGCUCUCCACUCUCACCAAAGCCUUCUGUAGCUGCCCUUAUAAUUAUGGUUCUUCGCCAAACACUAAUAUCUGCCCUAUAUGCAUGGGGCUUCCUGGUGCCUUGCCUGUUUUGAACUCAAAAGUCAUUGAGUCUGCAGUGAAAUUGGGUCUUGCACUAAACUGUAGUUUAUCUUUUAACUCAAAAUUUGAUAGGAAACAAUACUUUUACCCUGACCUUCCCAAGGGCUAUCAAAUAUCUCAGUUUGAUGUCCCAAUUGCAAGUGGUGGUUAUAUUGAUCUUGAUCUUCCUAUUGAGUAUGGUGGUGGGCAUAGACGGUUUGGUAUCACCAGGGUUCACAUGGAAGAGGAUGCAGGAAAGCUGCUUCACUCUGAAAGUGGAAGCUACUCUCAGGUUGACUUGAACAGAGCAGGAGUGCCCUUGCUUGAGAUUGUUUCUGAACCUGACAUGAGGACUGGGAUUGAAGCUGCAGAGUAUGCGGCAGAAUUACAGAGGUUGGUUCGAUAUUUGGGUGUAAGUAAUGGAAAUAUGCAAGAAGGUUCUCUACGGUGUGAUGUGAAUGUCUCGGUUCGUCCUAUUGGGCAGUCACAGUUUGGAACAAAGGUGGAGAUAAAAAACUUGAACUCAUUUUCAUCAGUGAGCAGAGCAAUUGAUUUUGAAAUUUCAAGACAAGUGCUUCUCCAUAGUCAAGGCCAAAGUGAUCAAAUUGUACAGGAAACCAGACUCUGGGAAGAGGGUGCUCAGAAAACAAUUACAAUGAGGAAAAAGGAAGGACUUUCUGAUUAUCGAUAUUUUCCAGAGCCUGAUCUUCCAGAAGUCAUCCUCACAAAAGAAUAUGUUGAUAAUAUCCGUGAUUCUUUGCCCGAACUUCCAGAAAUGAAGCGUAGAAGAUAUGAGAGUAUGGGCCUGAGCAUGCAGGAUGUGCUUUUCCUGGCAAACGACAUUAGUGUGGCUGAGUUUUUUGAUGCAACUAUCGCAAGAGGGGCUGAAGUCAAGCUGGCUACCAAUUGGAUAAUGGGCGAUAUUGCUGCCUACAUGAAAAAUGAGAAGUUGACUAUAAACGACAUAAAGCUCACUCCCCAAGAGCUUGCUGAAUUGAUCGCUUCAAUAAAAGGCGGUACCAUUAGUGGAAAGAUCGGGAAAGAGAUUCUUUUCGAGUUGCUAGCUAAAGGUGGAACUGUAAAGGGGCUGAUUGAAGAAAAGGAUUUGGUUCAGAUUGCAGAUCCUGCUGAGAUAGAAAAAAUGGUGGAAAAAGUAUUGGCAGAGAAUCCGAAGCAGCUCGAGCAAUACCGUGGGGGCAAAACCAAGUUGCAAGGCUUUUUUGCUGGCCAGGUAAUGAAAGCAUCCAAAGGAAAAGCAAAUCCAGGGCUUUUAAACAAGAUCCUCUUGGAGAAACUGAAUGCCAAAAGCUGAUGAUGCGGGUUGCUCGAGUCGAGUGACUGUGUAAAUUAUUGGAGCAUAUUUUGGUCUUGUUCUUUCCUUCAAGCUCUUCAGCACUCAAAUGGUGAGAACAGGAAGAGCUGCAGAAUUGCUUAAACUAUUAUGAUUUUUUUACUGAAAUUGUUGUCUUACAUUAUUUGGUGACAUUUUCACACCCUCUAUUUUCACUCCCAUUCACUUAGCUGAAAUAAAUUAGAGAAGAUAGAAGUAUAAUUUUAGGACAAAAUACAUCUGGAUCCUUGUAGUAUGGAAUUGGUUUCUAAUCAGUGCCUAAAGUUUCAAUAUAUUCAAUCCUUUAGUUUGUACAAU